AUGAGACUGUGCUGCAGACUGGCCUGCUGCCUGAGUCUGUGCUGUAGACUGGCCUGCUGCCUGAGUCUUCUGUGCUCCAGACUGUGCUGCAGACUGGCCUGCUGCCUGAGUCUGUGCUCCAGACUGUGCUGCAGACUGGCCUGCUGCCUGAGUCUGUGUUCCAGACUGUGCUGCAGACUGGCCUGCUGCCUGAGUCUGUGUUCCAGACUGUGCUGCAGACUGGCCUGCUGCCUGAGUCUGUGCUGUAGACUGGCCUGCUGCCUGAGUCUACUGUGCUGCAGACUGGCCUGCUGCCUGAGUCUGUGCUCCAGACUGUGCUGCAGACGAGCCUGCUGCCUGAGUCUGUGUUCCAGACUGUGCUGCAGACUGGCCUGCUGCCUGAGUCUGUGUUCCAGACUGUGCUGCAGACUGGCCUGCUGCCUGAGUCUGUGCUCCAGUCUGUGCUCCAGUCUGGCCUACUGCCUGAGUCUGUGCUCCAGUCUGGCCUGCUGCCUGAGUCUGUGCUCCAGUCUGUGCUCCAGUCUGGCCUGCUGCCUGAGUCUGUGCUCCAGUCUGUGCUCCAGUCUGGCCUACUGCCUGAGUCUGUGCUCCAGUCUGGCCUGCUGCCUGAGUCUGUGCUCCAGUCUGUGCUCCAGACUGGCCUGCUGCCUGAGUCUGUGCUCCAGUCUGUGCUCCAGACUGGCCUGCUGCCUGAGUCUGUGCUCCAGUCUGUGCUGCAGUCUGGCCUACUGCCUGAGUCUGUGCUCCAGUCUGUGCUCCAGUCUGGCCUACUGCCUGAGUCUGUGCUCCAGUCUGGCUUGCUGCCUGAGUCUGUGCUGUAGACUGGCCUGCUGCCUGAGUCUGUGCUCCAGUCUGUGCUGCAGUCUGGCCUGCUGCCUGAGUCUGUGA